AUGAGAAACCUCCUUGUCACCCUCCUUGCCGCCACGGCUGUCCAGUCCGUUCUGGCUGCCCCGGCCCAGGACCCGACGACGGCCAUUGCGCCGCACGGCCCUCCUGCGGGCGCCAACAACGGCGGACACCCGGGCGGCCACCCUGGCGGCGUCCCCGGUGGCAUCCCUGGUGGCGACCAUGGCCACGACCACGCCCAUGACCACGGCGAAGAUGACAAGGAGCAUGGCGGCCCCGGCCACGACGGUGUCGGCCACAACGGUGUCGGUCAGGUCCACCCGCCGGCCCCGCAGCCCCCCCAGACUCAUGCGCCGCAGCCGCAGCCGCAGCCGCACGACGGCGGUCACGUACCCCGCCAGGCCCCGGGCAGCGGUGACGACGAUGACGACGACGACGACAGCAGCGAUGCGCCUGUCCUCAAGGGCAAGGGCGGUGCCAAGGGCAAGGGUGGUAAGGGCAAGGGCGGUCACAAGGGAAAGGGCGGCAAGGGCAAGGGUGUCGGCGGCCCGGGCGCGGGUGCGCCUGGUGCCCCAAUCAACCCUGGCGGUCCGCUCCACCCUGCCGGCGCCACGACCCCGACCAAGCGCCAGGAGGCCGAGGGCGACGACGACAGCGACAACAGCGACAACAGCGACAGCGCCGACAACAGCGCCGGCCCGGCGGCCGAUGCGAAGAAGGCCAAGGGCGGCAGGCACCACAAGGGUGGCAAGGGCCACGGUGCGAAGGGCAAGGGCGGCAAGGGAAAGGGUGAGGGCGGUGCUCCAGGUGCUCCCCACGCCCCUGAGGCGCCCAAGGCUCCCAGCAAGCGCCAAGAGGCCGGUAGCCCUACCACGGGUGCUCCCGGCGCUCCCGGUGCCCCUGCAGACGGCGACAAGAAGGGCAAGGGCGGCCACAAGGGCGGCCACAAGGGUAAGGGCGGCCACAAGGGCAAGGGCGAGGGUGCCCCCGGUGCAGGUGCUCCGGGUGCAGGUGCCCCCGGUGCAGGUGCCCCCGGUGCAGGUGCUCCUGGUGGUGGUGCUCCUGGCGCUCCAGGAGCUCCCGGUGCUGGCGCUCCUAUCGCCGGUGCUCCCGGUGCCCCGGCUAAGCGUGCCGAGCCUGAGCAGGGCAGCAAUGCCGAUGCGGCCGACCACAAGGGCCACAAGGCUCACAAGGGCCACAAGGGCGGCAAGGGUGGCAAGGGCGGUAAGGGCAAGGGUGCCAAGGGCAAGGCCGGCGACCGUCCCCAGCCUCCUCAGGGUGCUCCCCAGGGCGAGCAGUAA